UGCUCCUUCUCUCUCCCUCCCUCCCUCCCUCCCUCCUCGAGCGGCUAAAGAUUGAUUCGUCGAGCUUCCCCUUUUUCUUCCUUCUUUUUGGAUUCCUCCUUUCCGGUAGCGAGAUCUUGAAGGGUUCUUGAAGCAUCAUUACCUUGAUCUCUUGAAGCUAUGGUUCACAAACUUUGUGUUUGUCAGUUUUUGCUUAUUCAGAAAGACGACAUCGACUGUUUGCUGUGAGGCUAACAAGGUGAGUUUUGCUAGAUGUCAUCAUAACCAUGUGAGUUGCCACAUGGUAGGGGAAUUAACUAUCUUAUCGGCCGAUACAAAUGUGCUGGAGCUUCAUUAGAUUGUCUAUUCUGCUCUUCAUCUAUGUCUGAUUCAAGCAGCAAGUCCCAAUCAUUGAACACACUGUCUUCUGAAAAUAUGCCAAGAAAGGCAUUAGUCGCAUCCUUUCCCAGCAACAUCUCGCCUAAGGCUUUCAAAAAUCUGGUGUCUUACAAGUUUUCAAGUCAGCAAAGAGGACCAACUGGCCAGAUAGCUUUGUUCUUGCUGAAAGUUGCUGCUUUAGAAACAGUACGGAGGUUCUCCAGAGCAAGGUGUCCAUUUGUGUGGAAGACCAUUCAAGCAUUGCAGGUUCUUUGCUAUCCACCAUUCAAGUGGAUUCGCAGAUGGACGCCAUUUGGGAUGAUGGUUGAAGGCAUCCAGAAAAUAUCGAGACCACUAUUAGUUCUCUCAAUUGCAACAGCGUUCUCUGAUUAUUCUGCAAAUUGUAAGAGUCAAGUUCAUUGUGUGGAUGAUCCUCAACCGAAUUCUGACUUACCUAGAAGAUCAUCGGCUUCUGACGUUAGUAGCAGCAGUGAUUUCGUCAAGGAGGACUCCAGAAACUGGAUGCUUGAACUCAUUGCAGAGCUGGAAAAAAAGGGUAUUACGUUACCUGACAGGAUAAAUGAGGAUGAGCUUCAAAGAUUUUAUGAUGCAGCAAAUGGUGACCUUUCAUGCUUGCUCUCAUCACUCAAGAAAACAAUUCGUUGGAGGGAAACAUACAGUAUCCUUUCUUUGCAGGAACUUGAAAAGUGGUCACACUUGGUUUUCUGGCAUGGAUUUGAUGUGAUGCUUCGACCUUGCCUUGUUAUUCGUCUUGGACUUGCAUGUUCUAGAUUGGUGCCUCAUGAAAGGCCACGAUUUACUCAAGCUGUCGUUUCUCAAUUAGAACAUGGAAUCCUGCAUUUGAUCAAUGAAGAAGAUCCUCGUGUCACUGUUCUAAUGGACUGCGAAGGGAUCUCUCCAUUCAAAUUCCCGAUGCAAAUGAUGAGAUCUUGUUCCUCUCUUGUACAAGAUCACUAUCCAAAUCGACUUGGUUGCUUAUUUGUUUUACGUCUUCCUCCAGUUGUUCGAGUUCUUGCUCAGACAAUUAUUCAAGUUCUAAAGCCAAUAACUCGGCAGAAGUUACGUAUCGAGGGAGAAUCUUACCAGAAGGUCUUAUCUGAAUUCCUUCAAAAUGUGCCUGCUUUUCUACGAGGGAAUUGCACUUGUUCAAACUGUGAGAACCUUGUUGCUGACUGGCCAUCAAGUCGAAUGGCUGAAACUAGAAUUCAACCUUGUGGGAAUGUCUCAGAAGAUGAGUCAGCUGGUGAUGAUUAUCCAACUCAUGAACUUGCUUUCAGUGGUAACUGUGACCAUGUCCUGAGGGCUGCAAUCAUAGCCUUCCUCAUGCUGUGUGUUUUAGUUGCAUUUCUCGCUGGUAUGUAUGAUCCUGAAUCCCUUGCAUCACCACCUUGAUGUUGCGUUAUUACUUGGAUCUCUAUGGUAUGGUGCCAUUAAAUUUCUUGUCUCCAGUUGGUAGUGCCACUCUGUGGGAUCUUUAAGUUAUCGCUUUGUCUAUAGGUAGAGCUAUAGGCAGGUCUUCUUUGUGGAUUGCUACAAAUCCUUUGUUUUAUCCCUACAACCUUAGCAUGACUGAAAGGGUACAAGGGCCCCCCAUCAUAUUUAAGUAUACAGGUUAAUAAACUAGUUCAUGUGUGAUGUACAUUAAAUAGUCCAUUGUGCAGUCUGUGUUUACAAUAAAGUUGCUCCUGUUUAUGUUUGUUCA